CCGGGAUCCCGGCGGGAGCGCGGUUGGAAGAGAAGAGGCAUGGAAAGUGGGCGUCCCUUGUAUCAUGGGGUCCCAGAUGGUGACGUCUCUGAAAAUCAGCUGGCAGGGAGGGGCAGCCAGCCUGCUGCCACCGACUUCCUGGGGACCCUGGAGAUGCUCUCUACCAAAAGGGACACCCCAGAGGCCGCGGAGGAGGAGGAGGAGCCCGACGGCCCCCUCAGGGAGCAGGGCCUGAAGGAGGCCUACGUGCAGCUGGUCCGAGGCGUGCAGGAGUGGCAGGACGGCUGUGUGUACCAAGGGGACUUCGGGCUGGACAUGAAGCUGGGCCACGGGGAGUUCUCUUGGCCCACGGGCGAGUCGUACCGCGGGCAGUUUUACCGGGACCACCGCCACGGGCUGGGCACCUACCAGUGGCCCGACGGCUCCAGCUUCACAGGCAUGUUUUACCUAAGCUACCGAGAAGGCUACGGCGCCAUGUACAUGAAGACCAGGCUCUUCCAGGGGCUGUACCGAGCGGACCAGCGGUUUGGGCCGGGCGUGGAGAGCUACGCGGACGGCAGGCAGGACGUGGGGCUGUGGGCCCGCGAGCACCUCAUCAAGCUGUGCACCGAGGGUGCCCGCGGCUUCUCCAUCCACAACUACCCCGAGUAUGCGGGCUUCCUCACGCGCUCUCCUGCCAGACUCAGCCUCGCGGACGAGGCGGAGGUGGACCGGGGCCAGCCCGAGGGACGGGACCCCUUUUUCUACGACUAUAAGCGGUUUCUUCUGGACGACGACCUAACUCUGCCUCCAGAGAUGUACGUUUACUCGACCGACAACAGCCACCUGCCCAUGACCCGCUCCUUCCGCAAAGAGUUAGAUGCCCGGGUCUUCCUUAAUGACAUCCCUCCGUUUUUGGAGGACGGAGAACCCUGGUUUAUAAAAAAUGAGACCCCCCUGAUGGUCACGAUGCAGAAGCACGCUUACAGAUACAGGAAUAAGAAGGCCCACACCACCUGGAACAUGGGUGCCAUCUUGGAGGGGGACCGGAGCGCCUUUGCGCACCACGGGCCCAAGGAGCAGCUUUCCAAGGAGAUGAUCCUGAGGGCCGAGGAAGGGGACUACGACUGGAUGUACCAGAUCCUCAGGGAUGACCUCGCCAGCGCCGACGUGGCCGACGCCAGGGGCUACACCGUGCUCGCCGCGGCCACCGUUCACUGUCACACUGACAUUGUCAACCUUCUGCUGGACAGCGGGGCCGACGUGAACAAGUGCACGGACGAGGGCCUCACGCCCCUCAGCAUGUGCUUCCUCCUCUACUACCCAUCCCAGUCCUUCAAGCCCAACAUCGCCGAGAGGACGGAGCCCAAGUCCCAGGAAGCUCCAACUGUGCCAGUGAUUCCCAAACUUUGCUUCUCAUUCCCCGAAAUGGCCAUGGAGCCCAUCUGUUUUGAGGACCUGGUGUCCACCCCAGGCAGCCGGGAGCCCGGCGCGUGCGGCAGCAAGGACCUUCUCUCUCCAGGCGCCCGGCUGCCUCGGGGGUCCCCCAGCCCGGGGAGCAGCCCCCGGAAGCAGGACUCCGUGUCCCCGUGUGGCAGCACCAGCGACCUGGACCUGGGGCUGGGCAGCGUGAGGGGCAGUCCGGACGGGCGCACGCUGGGCGGCCUGGAGGCGGACUUUGAGUCCGCCACCUGUGUGCGCGACUUCUCCUUCGAGCUGUCCCGGGACCUCCUGGAGAGGAGCGCCCAGGCCCACAGCGCGCUGAGGGGCCCCUCCUGCAGCGCCACCGGCCCCGACAAGGGCACCGUGAGGAAGAUGGCGCUGGCCAUGGUGGAACACAGAAACAGGUGGCUGACCAUGGAGCUCCUGCUGCGCCGAGGCGCGGACCCCAACCUGUGCCACGUGCCCAUGCAGGCCCUCUUCUUCGCCGUGAAGGCCGGAGACGUGGCCGGGGUGAGGCUGCUGCUGGAGAACGGGGCCAGGACGGACAUCCAGCUCCCGGCUGAGCUGGGGGCUGUGACCCCCCUGCACAUCGCAGCUGCCCUUCCCGGGGAGGAGGGCGUCAAGAUAACGGAGCUGCUGCUGCACGCCAUCACGGACGUGGACGCCAGGGCGGCCGACCAGGGUGACGUGUACAAGCUGAGCAAGCCAGAGCCGUUACCCUCAAGCCUGAAGCUCAGCAACGAGGCAGGCCCGGACAGCAUCUACUGCAGCGGGCACACAGCUGUGCCCGACGAGGGGGGCAGGACGGCCCUGCACGUGGCCUGUGAGCGUGAGGACAGCCACAAGUGUGCCAGGGACACGGUCCGGCUCCUCCUCUCUCACAGAGCGAACCCCAACCUGUUGUGGAGCGGCCACUCCCCACUCUCCUUGUCCAUCGCCAGUGGGAACGACCUGAUCGUGAAGGAGCUUUUGUCCCACGGAGCCGACCCCAACCUGCUGCUGACCAGAGGCCUGGGCAGCGCCUUGUGUGUCGCCUGUGACUUCACCUAUGAGCACCAGAGGAGUGUGGACAGCAGGCUGGCCUUGAUUGACCGGCUCAUUAGUUAUGGGGCUGACAUCCUGAAGCCGGUGACGCUCAUGCAGGGGGACAAGAUGGCUGUGGGCACCGCCGUCGAUUACGGGUAUUUCAGGUUCUACCAGGACCGGAAGAUCGCGCACUGCCCCUUCCAUGCGCUGAUGCCGGCCGAGCGGGAGAUCUUCCUGGCCCGGAAGAGGAUCCUGGAGUACAUGGGCGUCCAGCUGCGCCUCGCCGUCUUCGCCAAGGAGAGCCGGUGGGACCCGAAGGCGCUGUACCUGAGCAAGAGAGCGGAGCUGACCGCCUACCACAGGCUGAAGCGGAAAAGAGAGAGCCUGUCUAAGCCACUGCACGUGGAGGAGCAGGGGCGGAUCCCCUUCUUCAAGUUCUGCUACCAGUGCGGCCGCUCGGUCGGGGUGCGCCUCGUGCCCUGCACCCGCUGCUACGGGAUCCUGACCUGCAGCAAGUACUGCAAGACCAAGGCCUGGGGUGACUUCCACAAGAGGGACUGCGGCAGCCUGACGGCCAUCGCGCCUUGCCCAGGGGCCCGCCUGGAGGACAUGCAGCUGGGGGAAGAGUCGCAGUGAUGGCGCGAUGCCCGAGGCCUGGGAGGGCCUGCGCUGCGGCGGGUCCCACCCUCGGGGCCGCCUGCAGGCUCCUGGCCCCAGAGUCCUCUGGCCUGGUGCAGGGGCCUGUACCCACAGGGCUGUGCGUGGCCGUGUGUCCUUCCCGGCCUCGCAAUAAAGCGGCCCCACUGGGGAGCCUUUUAACCCUU